GGCAAGUAGGCUGUUGCUAUUUCUAGAACUGAGCCAAAGGCCAGCCCCUUCCCAUGUGGCCUCUCCACUUCCUUGCUCUCUGCAGUGGCAUCCGCUUUUAUUCCUACAGGCAGGUGGAGGCAAGAAGGAGAAAUGUUUCUCUUAGGAUGGGUCAGAGGCCCAAAUACAGGCCUGUGGAUCACCAAAACCCAAGAGCUUUCCACUCCUGACUCCCUGCAAAGCCCAAGAUUCAUAGCUACCUCUUGGAAAGUUUUGAAAAAAGAGGAUUUUCUUGUCUCAAAGGUCCCUCUGGCCCGGAGGCUGUUGAAUGAGGACUCUUUUCAGGUAACCUUCUGUGACUGGACGGCCAGGGCUGUUGAGCUGUCUGCCAUCUCAAAACCCAGCUGUGAGCCAGCGUGGCAGGGGCUGUGCAUGGAAGCCAGGAGCUGGGCCCCCAGAAGGCAACUGUGCCCGCCGGGCAUCAUGCUGCUGGCCUUUGCUACUCUGCUCAGCUGCCUGCUCACCUCUGGCCAGGCCAAGGUCUACAGUCGCUGUGAGCUGGCCAGAGCCCUCCAGGAUUUCGGCAUGGAGGGAUACCGGGGAUACAGCAUGGCUGACUGGGUCUGUCUUGCUUACUUCACAAGUGGCUUCAAUACAGCUGCUGUGGACCAUGAAGCCGAUGGGAGCACCAACAAUGGCAUCUUCCAGAUCAGCAGCCGGAAGUGGUGCAAAAAUCUCAGCACUGAUGUCCCCAACUGGUGCCAGAUGUACUGCUCCGACUUGCUGAAUCCUAACCUUAAGGACACUGUCAUCUGUGCCAUGAAGAUAGCUCAACAGCCCCAGGGGCUGGCCAGCUGGGAGGCCUGGAGGCGUCACUGCCAGGGCAAGGACCUCAAGGACUGGGUGGAUGGCUGUGACUUGUAGGAUCCUCUGUGGAUGGACCGGGCCACGCACAGCAGGCUGGGAGAUGUGGUUUGGUUUCUGACGCAGGCUUGGGAAGACAAGCCAACUAAUAAAGAGUGGUUUAACCCAA